AUGCCGAGUAUUCCUCGCAGCUUCGGGCUGCUCGUCCUCUCGAGAGUCGUCGUUCCUCGGCCGCCGGACUGGCAAGACAAGCCCCCGCCGCCCGCGUGCGCUCCUCGCGCGUGCUCGGCCGAGGCGCGCGGCGGCUGGGAGUGCGGCGUCGUGAUGGCCGUGGACAACACGUACUGGAACACGGUGAACGCGUUCGGGCGCUACGCGCGCGACUACAUCCCCAUGUACGAGGCGGACCUCGAUCGCAUGGGCAUCCGCCACCUGCCCGUGGGCAGCGGCUGCCCCCUGUUCAAGCGGCCCUUUGGGAGCGACGACGAGCCCGCGUUCCUCACCCGCCUCAAGUGCGUGAGUGACCCCGAGCCCGACACGAACGACGGCUAUUGCAACUGGGAGCAGGCCCACUACGACAGCACGCUGUCGGUGUCCGACGAGGCCGUCGCGCGCGGCUGCGCCGACGCGGAGAUCGACUACAUCUACACGGUGGACAUGGACUCCGUCGAGGCGAACUGGGGCUACUGCGACGGGACCUCCGACGAGAUCUGCGUGCCCUGCGCGCCGUCCGAGGCCGAGCCGGCGCCGUCCUGCGACGCCGUCGCCGAUCCCUGCGAGGAGCUCUUCGGGGCGACCUUCGCCGUCGGCGACGCGGUCUGCUGGGACAACUCGGAGUGCAAGCGCGCGCGCGGCAACGAGGACUGGUGCGGCCGCGUCGCCGACGGCAAGCGCUGCGUCUGGACGUCGGAGGCGACGGCCGCGCCGACGCCCGGGAGCGCCGUCGCGGCGCCGACGUCCGCGCCGGCGCGCGCGCCGACGCGCGCGCCGACGUCGACGCUCGCGACCGGCGCGACGACGGCGGCAUCCGAGCCGACGACGACGGCGGCCGCCGCCGACGGCGACGACGGCGACGCGCUCACGGCGUCGGCGUCGCUGUACGUGCUCGGCGCCUGCAUCCUCCUCGUCGGCGUCGCCAUCGGCGUCGGCCUCUCCCGGCGCCUCAAAUCGCGCCGCCGGCACAUCGACGCCCACUGCGUCGAGCUCGCGGACGUCGCGACGAGGGUGGACCCACCCAUGGCGGAGAUCGUCAGCGUCAACCCCUUCGGCGAGAAGGAGGAGCUCAUCAUGCAGGCGCACUGCUAG